AUGAGAAGGUUCUAUCCAGGUUAUCGUCCACAUCACUUUGGGUUCGGUGGAUUAUUUAUUGUAGUCGGUGCUUUCAUAUUAGGAAGGGUGUCGGCAAAUCAUUAUGGCCCGGGUCCAAAUUGGAGGCAUCAACGUUGUGGAUUUGAUCACCAUUCAAGCUGCCAAUGUCCAAAUUGUGUUAACUACCAUCAAAACAGAAAGGAUCAGGAGAUCAGGUCUAUGCAUUUACAUCAACAAUGA